AGGAGGAGGGAUGCUCUGAACUGCAGCAUCUUCAGCCAGAAACCGAGCAGCACAAAGCGUCGCUUUCUCUGCGUCUUCCUCCAGCUCCGCGCCUCCCGCCUCCUCCGCGCGCCCGUCACCCCCGGGUGUCUCCGGACCAGGACCAGACCACGAGCAGAAACACCUGAUCUGGAUUUUGAUUUUACUCUUGUUUUUGUUUGCGUGUUUUUUGUCUUUAUCCUGACAUGCUUUCAGCGGAAUGAGACAUUUGUGAAGCUUGACGGGACCGUCGGACCGGGAGUUCGGUUCCAUCCGCCUGAAGGACCCUCCAUCUGCGGAUUUCCGCGCGCCGCUCCUGCGCUCUCUUCCGCUGCGCAGCAUCUCGAAAGAGAAACGCGCAGCCUGCCUGCCCCCGGCCGUCCGUCCGUCCGCGAGUGCGUGCGUGCGUCAGGAAAAAAGGCGUAUUCUCCCCAUUCUUGAAGCACUUUCUCCGUCCGCGCGCCUGCGCUGCGUAAAAGCAGAGAGAAAGCGCGAAGGGAAGAGGGAUUUAGCGCAGCUUAAGCAUCCAAGAGCGAGCUCGCAAAAUGAUGGCCGGCGGAGCUGUGCAGCAGAACGGCAUCUUCUCCACCCCGCACCAUCACAGCCAGCAGCCGCACAUGGAGGCCGACCCCCCGGACUCGCGUAAAAGACCUUUGGAGACGCCGACGGAGGCCAGCAGCACCAAACGCACGAACACGGGAGUGGCCUUCCUGCAGCCCCUAUAUGAAACUGAAGGCAUUGUAUUCCCUGAUCAAGAAACUGAGACUCAUGAGGAAGGCGAGUACUUCCUGAAGGUUUUGAUUCCCAGCUAUGCGGCGGGUUCAAUCAUCGGGAAGGGGGGUCAGACCAUCGUCCAGCUGCAGAAGGAGACUGGAGCCACCAUCAAACUGUCCAAAUCCAAAGACUUCUACCCCGGAACGACAGAGCGGGUGUGUCUGAUUCAGGGGACUGUGGAGGCGCUGAACGGCGUCCAUGACUUCAUCGCUGAGAAGGUGAGGGAGAUGCCUCAGAGCACCCAGAAGACAGAGCCGGUCAGCAUCCUACAGCCGCAGACCACCGUCAACCCGGACCGCGUCAAACAGGCUAAGCUGAUCGUCCCCAACAGCACAGCCGGGCUGAUCAUCGGCAAAGGCGGAGCCACAGUCAAAGCGGUUAUGGAGCAGUCCGGGGCGUGGGUCCAGCUUUCCCAAAAACCGGAAGGCAUCAACCUGCAGGAGCGCGUGGUGACCAUCAGCGGCGAGCCCGAACAGAACCGCAAAGCCGUGGAGAUCAUCAUCCAGAAGAUCCAGGAGGAUCCGCAGAGCUCCUCCUGCCUCAACAUCUCCUACUCCAACAUCACGGGGCCCGUGGCCAACUCCAACCCCACCGGCUCCCCGUACGCCAACUCCACCGAGGUCAUGCCGGCAGCCGCCGCCGCUGCUGCCGCCACCGCUUCGUCUCUGCUGGGCCAGGCCGGCCUGGCGGGGGUGGGGGCCUUCCCCACCACCAUGUCCAGCCUGUCGGGGAACGACCUCCUGGCUAUCACCUCCGCCCUCAACACUCUGGCAAGUUAUGGUUACAACACCAACUCUUUGGGGCUCGGGCUCAACCCCGCGGCCGCUUCAGGGGUGUUAGCCGCUGUAGCAGCCAACGCUAACCCGGCAGCAGCCGCCGCCGCUAACUUGUUAGCCUCCUACGCCAGCGACGCCUCCACCAGCGCAGCGCACCCUGCAGCCAGCCUCGGGGGCUUCUCCCUGGGGUCCCUGGCGGCCGCCACGGGGGCCACCAACGGCUACCUGAGCGCCGCGUCACCACUGGUGGCGUCGUCCCUUUUGGCCACAGAGAAGUUAGCGGAAGGAGCCAAGGAAGUGGUGGAGAUCGCCGUACCAGAAAACCUGGUGGGGGCCAUCCUGGGAAAAGGAGGGAAGACGCUAGUGGAGUACCAGGAGCUGACCGGCGCCAGGAUCCAGAUCUCCAAGAAAGGCGAGUUCAUCCCCGGAACUCGGAACCGAAAGGUGACCAUCACCGGCUCCCAGGCCGCCACGCAGGCCGCGCAGUACCUGAUCAGCCAGCGGAUCACCUACGAGCAGGGGGUACGCGCCACCAACCCACAGAAGGUGGGCUAAACCUGACAGCCAAUAAGAAACGAGGAGGAAAAGAGGAAAAAAAAGAAAUAAAGAGCGGGGGCUUGGGGGAGGAGUUCAAAAAAAAGAAAUGAGAAAAAGGAGGAGAGCAAGAAUGUGGGAAGGAUUGCGCCGUUUUCUUCUUCAGUAUUACAGAGUUUUUGACGCAGAGCAAAAAUGGAGACGAGGUGGGAGAGGAGCGCCGAAAACCAAGAAAAAAUGUGUAAAAUGUAAAUACGGUUUUAUUACUUAACGUCUCGACUUUUGGGAUUUUUUAUUGUUUUGUUUGCGUUGGUAACUUAAGCUGUCCGUUUGUUUUGUGUCUUGUGUGGACAGAGCUGAAUGCCAUGUAGACCGGCCCGACUGCCGGGGAGGCCGCAGGGCGGGGGGAGGGGCGGCGACUCUCACCCACCCCCUCCUCCUGCUGCACCCCCCCAGCAGAGUUUUUUUUUCUUCUAGAUUUGCCCCCUCCCCUCACUAGAUGCCCCGUCCUGCCCUGCCCCUCCCCUUUUGAUAAGGGUUUUAUAUCGAGCAGGACUGCACUUUCUCUUCUCCACAUAUGGUCGAAAAUUGUGCCAGGGGGGCGAUUUUUGGUAAGGGCCACAAGCUCGUAGCACCUACCCCCCCACACACACUAAUGCGGCUCUAGUGUUUGAGACAGAGGCGCAUGCUGAUGACCUCACUAACGGCGAAAUCCUAUAAAACGGCGGGGCCACGCCCCCUCCGCAAUGAUUACUACAACGUAUUUAUGAAAAACCCAAACGAAGCUCAGCGUCUUUAUUUCUUAUCUGUGAAUUCAGGUUGACAUGAAUGUAAAUGACACUAUUUUUUAUUUUAAUGUCGGUGGACUGAGAUGAAUCGUAAUGUCACAUAGGGUAAUCUAUGUCUUAUUUAAGUCCAGUGAGAGCGCCGGCCCGGGCGUUCGGAGCGGAACGCCACCAGAUGGAACGCUGCAACGCCGUGUGUGGUGCUAGACGAAGGGAGUUCAUCAUAUCCUCCAUCCGUUCCGCUCAGGCCGCUGUAACGGCGCUGCAGUUUACUCACAAAAAAAAAAUAUGAAGUUGAUCUGCUGCUGCUCAGCCUGUGGUCUUCCAAAACCCUGACCCCGCCCCCUCUCACAUAUUAAACAGACCACAGACUAGAUCAAGCACUUAUACUACUGAGGAGGAAGCACUGAAUCGGGACGUGCGGCCUCGCUUGUAAAUUUCGGGCAGCAUGCAUAUCAGAAGCGGAGCCGAAAAUGCUCCGAGGUGACGGGCAGGUCUGCUCCCGCUGCUGAAGAUGCUGUUUAUUUUGCUCUUUGAUUUGUUUUUUUGUCAUGUUUGUGUGUGUGUGUGUUUAACUAUCAGAGUACACUGAAUUUUUGUCUUAAUGCACUGUGAAGCCAGAGAGCAGCCCCCCACCCCGCCCCGCGGGGUCCGGGACGCGCGCUGUAGAUGGCAGGGAAACAAAAACAACAAAAAAAAGAGACACAUAUGAGAUAUUUGUAGGAUGCAUAUGAAGAACUUCAGCAGGCAGCACGCCAAUUCCCACACCUGAAGGAGACCCGGUCGAUGGAGACCAUCAAUCAAUUGAGGACGAGAUCAAAUAGUUUGGUUGGAAAAGUGAUGGAUUCUGGGGGGGCGGGAUGUUUGGGAGGGCGGGGGUGGCCAAUGGCAGCUAAGUCCUUUAAAGAAACAGUUUAAUCAACGGGUUUAGCUGCUAAAAAUGAGGAGGGGGUGUAUUUGAUCCCCCCCAGAUUCUUCUGAGACCAAUCCGGCCCAAAAUCCCUAAACGUGUCACUCUGUUGGAGCGCCAGUGAGGGUUUAUCUCCACAUCUUGGUAAGGAGGCUUCUUUACUCCCAUCUAACACCAUCCACACUCUCCUCACCCUCCCACCCGUCCUCAGUUUUCCAGCGCACUCCCAUCCUGACACCCCCCCUCCUCCUCCUACCACAUCGCUCCAUGGGUGACUAUGUCUGGUGUUACGGUCGAUGCAUGUCUGCUGCUUGGCCCGGCGAACGCCACCCAGCGAGCCGGACCCGGAACAGGCAGAGGAAGUUGUAGCAGGAAACAGUUUGGAUUAUUCACGACACUGGAGAGAAACACGGUUCCUUUGAAGUCCUCGUUGCACAAACUGGCUGAUCACCUUGUAUUCAUACCUGGAGGGAGUUUAGGUGCUUCUGUUCCACCGUAGACUCGUACCAGGCUGACUUACUGCGUCUGGACAGAUAAAAGGGAUUCAUCUUUGCUAAUUGUUGUUUGGCUAAUACCUAAAAGUCUGAACAAAAACUGGUUUCCAAAACCUGUGACCUUUAGCUAACUCUAAAUAUAAACCACACCAUAAAGUAAUGAAGAUGACAAAAAUGUUUUUUUUUCUUCUGGAAAAAAGGACAAAGAUUGAAAGAUAUGGAGCAUUGAAACUCUAAUUAGCAUCCCAGCUAGCGCCUUUAACUACCCCGAUUGUGAAUUGAUGCUUCAUUAACAAAAUGAAUUGCUCUGUAAAUAAACAAAAUGGAUGCUAGCAGCUAGCUUGUCACCGCUCAUUAGUAAAUUCCCUCCAAAACAUUAGAAAAAACUAGAGACAGCUGCCUCUGCAGAAAGAGGAGCGUUAACUGAAGAUUGUCGUAUUGCUCAAUCCGAUGCUAAACGCAAAAGAAAAACAAAAACAGUCUCUGUCGCUAAUGUAGCUAACAAGUCAUGCUGUCAGCUAGCGCUUUUUUCAAUCCGCUGUGGUCACAUUUAAUGUAUCUUUAGCAAAUUCCCUCCUAAACAUUAGAAGGAACUAGUAACAGCUGACUCCAGCCUCUGCAGAAAGAGGAAUGUUAACUGAAAAUUGCAGUAUUUCUCAAUCUGAUGCUAAGUGCAAAAGAAAAACAAUCGUAUCUUCUGUCGCUAAUGUAGCUAACGAGUCAGCCCAUCAGCUAGCGCCAUUUUCCAUCCGCUAUGGUCACAUAUAAUGUAUCUUAUCCGGUUCGAUUCAAUUAUCCGGAUUUAUGCUUCCUUGACAAACUGAAUUGUUUUGUAAAUAAACUAAAUGGAUGCUAGCAGCUAGCCGCUCAUUCACAAAUGUUCUCACAACCAAAUGCAUAAACCAUUAAAGGAAACUAGUGGCAUUUGAUAGCAGCCUCUGCAGGAAGAGGAGCUAAAGGAAAAAGAAAACCAAACGCACCUUUUAUGGCUAAGGUAGCUAACAAACUGUCCCGUCAGCUAGCGCUAGUUUCCAUCCACAGCAUGGUAACGUUUAAUGUAGCUAAUCCAGCAGGUUCAGACAUUAUGUGUGCUUGUCGCUAGCUCCUCCAUGCUAACAGCUACCUUAGAAAGGAUUCCAAAAACGAUGUAGACAUGUUAGCUAGCUGCUAGCUUCUUAUAGCUAAGUAAUUUAAAAAUGUAAACAGAGACAUGCUAGCUCUUGUACUGCAGAUGCUUCAAUUCUAUAAGGGUGCCUAAAUGACGACAGAAACAUCCUGGGCAACAGUUUAUUUACUUGUUUUUCAUAAAGUUAGCAUUCUAUCUGUUUAUUCAUCAGAUAAGCUUUGAAAAUACGUGCACGCGACUUUCAGCGUAUAUAGCAAUUUGUUGACAGUAAACACUGUUAAACAUCAUUUUAAGAAUCAAAAUAGGAUUUAAGUACAUAAAUAUCAUAAAAUACCUUCUUUUUUCUGUCCUUCUCGGGGAUCUUCAUGGCCUCCGGCAGGAAUGUAUGCACGGUUCAUGUUUACGGUGGAAACAGAGCUUUUAGAUUCCUGAAAUAGUUGCCAAAACGCUAACUGGUUUAUUUGUAUCUCAUAUUAAAUCUUGGGCACAGCAGCCAAUUUUUUUAUCACACGUUAGACAGUUGAGAUAAAAUGUGACAAGUACUGGAAGCAAUACAUGUAGUGGCUUAUUGUAUUGUCCUGUCCCUCCCCUUCUGUCUGACGUAGGAGCUUUUGGAUUUGCCUGUAGGUGGUGGAUAGGUUAAACAUUUCUUUUGAAUUUGUGGGAAAAUGCUGCUAUUGAAUAAGAACCGAUGUACUAAAAACACAAGUUUAAACAUAUCCGAACCUGUUCUCUUUAGCGGGGAAGGCUAGUUUCUAGCGGCACUAUAAACAAUGCUGUGUUAUAAGCUGGCGAUAAGUUAAGAGUAGUUUAAAUCCAAGCUAGCAAGUGAAAUGUGUGCCAAAAUAAGUGUAUUUGUGCUCGUUUAAACCACACUAGGUAAGACAAGACCUACUUUUAUAUCCAGAAGAAAAUGUGAAAAGUGCCAAAUGAACCAUAUUUAUAAUGACAUCUGCAGACGGGGCAAAGUCCGGCUAAGCGUUUUUAGCUUAGCUAACAGACACAGAACCACAGAACGACGGCGUCUUGAGGCCUGUCUCCGAAACGACCGGCUGCCACGUUAGCUAAGUGUUAGCCCGUCCUGUGGGAACCUCAUUUCCCAGAAUGCAACAGCACUACAACUCUGGGGCUUAGAUUUAUCAAUAUAGGUUAGCAUAUUGAUGCUAAAGAAAAUGUGACUAGAUAGCAUUCUUAAAAACAGCCUUUUAUAGUUACGAUGAAGAUGUAUUUUGUGGAAAUAGAUGUUAUCUUUUUUGCACGUCUAUAUUAUUGCAUGAUAUCAAAGUGAAGCGUAAACAAAAAAGGAAAAAAACGUCGGCGUCGUUCAUUUUUCUGGGACAAACAUUUGCAUGCCAAUAAGGGUAGAGCAUUUUGAUAUUGUUUUUUACGCGUUCUGAUGUUUGCUGUUUGUCCAUCGGGUUUAGUCUUGCUCCGCCCACUGCAGGUGUGCUACAUGUUUGAUUUUGUCGUUACUACAGUGUUAGUAUGUUGUGGUUAAGUUGACUAACCCUCCUCAGACGGAUACGAACAAAACUCCUGAACAAAGCCGAGACUAUUUUGCUACGUUUUUGAGCGAGCUUCAGAACCUUUCCGAGCAGUAACAAAACAAACGGAAAUGUCCAUGAAUGUACUCAUUCUCACCUCUCUGGUUUGUAACUCAUGUUUCUGAGCGUGCUGUAGAGCCUUUUGUAUGUAGCCGUGUGUUUUGUACUCUAACAUUACUAAUCCCUUCGACAGCUCUCGCUAUAACUAUGUUGUCUGUCCUUUUUGCCCCCCCCACACUAUGAGCUCCGGCUUGUCUUGUCAUUGAGAUGCACCUUAUUGACCUCAAAACGGACGUGCAGCGGCCUAAGCCCCGCCCACUGCAGUCCAUUUCCGCAAAAUUCGCUCCGAUCAGUGCGAUGUCCCACCGCCGACUCGAGGCAAAAACUUUGGGGCAGUUUUCCUGUGAUGUGCAACACGGAAGGAAUCGAACCCUGAAGACGAGCGGCGUCCUAUGGUGGCCCGAAUGGGACUAAAUUAAACAAAUGUCUGGAUCAAAGGAAAAGAUGCAUUUUUGUUUGUUACGAGAACAAAUAAACUGGAGAACAUUCGCUAAAAGCUAGCUAGCUAUCGAGAUAGCAAGUCAGGGAAACGCCGCCUGUUCUGUAAGCAGUGAAACUUUGCACUUUACCUCAAGGUGGCGCUCUCCUCAAAAUUUGGUGGUCAUAGUGGUGAUUAUUUGUCUCGAAGUAAGGUUAAUCUAUACUGAGAUAAAGCCAAAUUAUAGUUUUUUUGGUUUGAUGUUUAGAUUCAAAGCUUGAAUUUGACUUAAAUUUUAGUUUUCAUCUAAAAGGUUGAACUUUUCUUCAGACUAAGCCUAAAAAAAAACCUGAAUCUUGAGAACCGAGCCGCCGCUCGGCCUUCUGGGAUUUCACUGAUCCAUUCUCCCGUCAGUUUUGGUCCUCCGUAGUUUUCCUUUGCAUCAAUCUGAGGUCAAAGGACGGAUCCGGAUUUGUGCGGAUGGCGUGCACGGCAGGCCGGGCUGAAGUGGGGGGGUCCGUGUGCUAGACUACUGUACUGCAGCUGCGUUUUCUAGCUGUGCAUGCUCCUCUCUGUCCCCCCCCUCCGAGUGUGUCUGCUCUCAGGCCGUGCUCGUGGUGCCGCUGUAGCCAGUCAUCCUCGACUCCAUGUUUUUGUUUUGACUCUGACAUGUGGAGGAAUUCAGAAUUGACCCCUCAAACCUCCUCGACAUCCCGUGGGACCCCCUUCCUUUUCUCCACCCUUCCUCCUGCUCCUCCUCCUCCUCCUCUCAGAACUCGGGCCCAAUCGAAGCACCAGCAACUGUUAGACUGCAUUUGUCAUAUCACUGUUUUUCUUUGUUUUCUUCUCGCUGUUUGUUUGUUGUUUUCUUCCUGGUUUUGGUUUGUGACGGGAAGCUCUAACCCGGCCAGUUUGAACUAAAUGCCAUUUCUGUGUGUAGCCUGUUUACCCCUCCCACACACACUCCUCCAUGCCCUCCUUUUUGCACUUUCCUCCUCCGCCUCCCACGAGUCUCUUCUCUCGAGUGCCAAAAUAGAACAGAGAGGAAAAUGACAACAACAACAACAAACAACAGCAGCAGCAGCAGCAGCCAUUCCAACGUUUCUUUGAGUUGUUCUUGUGUGUCGGACAUCCAUCCUGGAAGCACCCAUGAAGCCAGCAUGCUCCGCCCUCAUAACAUGAUGUCGCUCAUGACGCCUCAACUGAUGCCCACCACCUCCUCCUCCUCCUCACCACCCCCCUCACUCGGGAUUAACCCCCCCUCUGCGGGUUCCACCUGUCCGCCCGCCUCCAAACAGCACCAGCUGGUUCCAGCUGCUUUGUCAUUUCUGCAGCCGGUGGGACGCCAUUGGUUGUGAGCUGGGGGCACCUCCCACUCUCCUCACCCCCCACCCCCCACCUCCUUCUCUCUGUCCCUCUUCUCUCUGUAACUCCGUCUCUCCAUCCGACUCUUCUCGAUGGGAACGAUUCAGAAACUCCAUUUUUCUACUGAUGUUUUUAUUUUACUUUUUUUCUGUUGUCGUUUAACAUCCAAACCACGGCACAUGCACCGCCGCCCCCCUUCCCGCCGCCGCCCGCUGCGGGGAGUGUUUACCGUCAGCAGCCAUCCUCUGUCUUCUUGAACUUUUUUGAACUUUCACCAACCUUCCUCCUCCUCCCCCCUCCCUCUGUGUUCAUCCAACUGUUCGGACGAUAACUCUCCAUUCCAUCCCCAAAAACCUCUGAGACUGUGCAAUGCUAGCUGAUGCGAUUGGAUCUUUGCGUUUUUGUUCAUCAUUUGGGACAGAACUAAAAAAAAAAAAAAAAGCAGACAAAAAAAACUGUUUCUCCACAUUUUUUCUUUCAUUGUAAAUAUUUUUGUCAGUUUUUCCGAGCUGUAAAGAGAGGAGUGUUUGAGCAGAAGGGGCCGGCAGCAUAAAGACAAACGGGUGGAAGCAGCAGACGCAGGUCAUCACCCCCCCUCGCCAUCGUCUUAGACCCCGCCCCCCAUGUGACCCUGUGCCGUCGUUCUGAGCGUCGAUCCACCUGCUGCAGCUUCUCUGUGUAGCGCCUCCAUCACCGUCAUGUGUUGAGACAGUGGUCGUGUUAGAGACAUAUCACCGUGGAAACAGCCCGGCUCCUCCCCUCUGAGGCGGAUCCAGAGGAGGAGCUGCUGCCUUUUGUGCAAUACAGUCCUAGUUUACAUGACAGGCCAGCGUCUGUCCCGACAGUGUUACAGACUCCUCCUCCAUCCCAUCGCAUCGCUCCACUCCUGCUUUAUGCUGCCUGCCCCAUCGCCCUGACAACAACACACGAGCUAUUUAUUUCUCAGACUAUUAUUAUACUAUUAAUAAAUAACAACGAGGGAAAAGGGAACGACUGGAAAAAAAGGUGAACUAAUAUUGUUUUGUUUUUAUUUUUAGUAUUUUAGUGGUUGCUUUUAACAACAUUCAUUAACUGACUUAAAGAUUACUGAAUAUUUAAUGUAAUUGUAGCAUUGUGUUUGUAAAGAGAAAAAAAAACCUAGUGAGUUGUGUUUCUUGACUUGUGGAUUACUAGUGAAGUGGGCAAUCUAGUGCUAAUAUAUAUAUGAGGUCUUUUUUUUUUUUUUAAGGAUUCUUAUUUUGCAACAGCAACAGCAGUCAUUAUAAAUGUUCAUUUUAGCAUCACCUGUCUUCCGUUGUCUUAUUCUUCACCUUCCACCACACUCUGCAUCAUCACAGUAACACAUCGCAAGUCUGGGGUGGGACUCGGAGUGCGUGUGAGAGCGCGAGCGAAGGCGGAGUGUGUCUAUGCAAACGCUUGUGUGGGGGCCGGGGGGGUGGGCGUUCUGUCCAGUGUCCACCAGAAGCUAAAACCUGUCAGGCUUCCAUACCUCCCGAUGGAACCGCCUGACGUUAUAGCUGCAAACCCUCAUCAUGUGAUCUGACUCAGCUCGACUGUCCAUAACCCCUCCCCCUUCAGUCACCUGACCAACCGAAUCAACCAGUCACUGUCCACCACUACCCCCUCCCCCCGCGCCAUCCUUUGCUGCACACCACAUCAGCCCCCCCAUGUGAUGUUCUCCAUCGAUAACAUACUACUGUCACAUGCUCACAGGUCUGGGGAUAGACGCCGUUUCUGACCCGUUUCAGGUGUUUUCACCUCGUUUAUUACCUCAAACAGAGCCCCGCCCCCAAAUCAAAACAAGUGUACGUCACAGCUUUCUAAAAAAGUUCCUUCAACCAAAGUUCUUUUUAUUUUUGUACAUUAAAAGUUUUCAGGUACGAAGUUUUACUGCAGAGCUGCUGGACUUUAGCGCUGCGCCGGCUAGCGGCUACAUUAGCCGAAGAUGAGCUAAGAAAACCUGCGAAAACACGACUAAAGGCAAAGUCACGCAAGUCCCAUCUGGGUUCCACGCAGCUCAGCAGCUGGGCUGUGGAGAAAUAAAAUAAGAUUGAAAGAACUUUAUGGAAACUUUGCUUGCAUAAACUUUAUUUAGCAUCUGCGGCUAACACAGAAAACGUUAGACCUCUGCAGGCGUCGGGAGUCUUUUAAACGCACUCCCGUCUGUUAUUUAGUCUUUAUUGAGGAGCACUUCAGUGUCGGGAAAGCAAACAAAGUUUGGUAAAUUUGCACGAUCGCCGCCAGACCUCAUCCACCGCCAUGUUGUUGUAUAGCAGCUCUCUGAUUGGCUGAAACCUGAGAAGUUAAACUUUUCUCAACUUUAGCCAAGUAAAAGCGAUCUUUCCAUCAAACAGAAAUGACGUCUUGUUUCAUAUUUGCCGUAUAUUAUGGUAAAUUUAAAAACUCCUCUGGGUGAACCACAAACUCUGUUUUAUAUAAAGUAAUGAAGCAGAAAUGGUUUCCAAAACAAAAUAGUUCAAUCGGUUUGGCGAACGCUGACAGAGAUUGCGGUCACCUCCUGACCUUUCAGGCGGCCUGGCUUCCCGUAUUUUUUGGACGUACACUUGUUUGUUUGGACAUUUCCAACCCGUUAGAAGAACUCUUUUCCCCAGAGCUGCAUUUCACAUUCUACUGUUCAUACUACUGUACGUGCUGCAUACUAUCUUUACCAGGUCUGAAAUCACCUUAACCUGUUUCCAUGCCAACCGCAGAGGAACCAGUUGCAUGGCAACCCGCUUCCACCACAACAAACCAACCUACAAACUAGCCAUCUUCCUCACUGACAAGACCACACCCAUUCUUAGAAGAGGUAGAGGAAGAGAGAGGAUAGGAGGAAGGAAAAGAGGAGUAGUUGUGAUUCUCAGGGUGUCUUUUACAGAUCUACUGUCUAGUCUGUUCUCCAGUCUCCAGCUGGUGUCCUGUUGCUCCUAACUGAGCCCAAAGAGCAGAAAGUCCUAGAUCUCCACCAAUUGACCACUAAGCGAUUCUUCUCAAUCAGUUGAUUGUUAGCAUUGAUUGACCGACUCUCUUUAAGAGAAGCUCCUCGGCCGGCUGAACGAAGCUCGGCAUUGUAAGUAAUGUUUACAACCCAAAUGAGACCAACGACGCUGUUGAAAGAAUGUCCAGGACUUUAAAAAAAAUGAAAAAAGAGACAAAUCUCUGAAGAGUACUUAUUUCUAAAUGAUGGAACUUUUCACUUACUUUCUAUGUGACAUGAAGUAAUGUAAUUUUUUUCAAUCGUUGCAUGUGACUCUUUUUAUUUGCAAUGAAACUGUUAGAAUGGAUGGUACAUUUGUGACGUCAGUGCAACGUUGAGAUGCCGACGCUAGAACCCAGUCGGCGUCUAAAACCAGUGUUUUCAUGUCGCAGUGAGGAGUGCUUAUGGACCAAUGAAUGCUCAAUGUGUGACCAUACAAAGCUGUAAAGGUUUUGUUUCUUUGUACAUGGUUAUGGGUAAAAUAAACCAUUGAUAAACCCAUA